AUGAAAACGGACAAAAACAGUCAACAUGGUGGAUAGGAGUGUUGUUUGGACGCCUCUCUCUCAUUUUGAUUUGGACCUACGUUUAUCGUCAUAAAAUAAUCUAACACGUAUGGCACUUCGUUCAUGCUGGAUCACCUGAACCAUUGAAUUGCUCACAAUAUCCCUGACGGCACGAAGAUGAGCUCCAAGGUGGAGGGGGGCACGGCCACCGGCAUCCCCCGUAUCAUGGUGUUCCGGCCGACAUUGGAAGAAAUGAAGGACUUUUCAAAGUAUCUGGAGUACGUGGAAUCUCAAGGGGCACACAAGGCUGGCCUAGCCAAGAUAAUUCCUCCCAAAGAAUGGAUUCCGAGGAAAGGGGGCUACGACAACAUCAACUUGGUGAUUCCAGCUCCCAUAUCUCAAGUUGUGACCGGUCGUCUGGGCCUCUACCAGCAAUACAACAUCCAGAAAAAGUCCAUGACUGUAAAAGAGUUCAAGAAAGUUGCGGAGAGUGAAAAGUAUCGGACUCCCGUUCACUUCGACUAUGAAGACCUGGAGCGCAAGUAUUGGAAAAACGUGGCCUAUAAUCCGCCCAUCUACGGUGCGGACGUGUCGGGCUCACUUUACGACCCCGGUGUUGAAGAGUUCAACAUCAACCAUCUCAACACCAUCCUGGACCUUGUGGGGCAGGACUACGGCAUCAAGAUCGAGGGUGUGAAUACGGCGUAUCUUUACUUUGGGAUGUGGAAGACGACGUUUGCUUGGCACACCGAAGACAUGGACCUGUACAGUAUAAAUUAUCUCCACUUCGGUGCGCCCAAGUCGUGGUACUGUGUUCCUCCCGAGCACGGACGUCGUCUGGAGCGGCUUGCUGCAGGGUUCUUCCACGGAACGUCCCAGGGCUGUUCUGCAUUUCUUCGGCACAAGAUGACUGUGAUUUCUCCGCAGAUCCUCAAGCAGUAUUCGAUACCCUUCAGUAAAAUCACUCAAGAACCGGGCGAGUUCAUGAUCACCUUUCCGUACGGAUAUCAUGCCGGCUUUAACCACGGCUUCAACUGUGCGGAGUCGACAAACUUUGCCCUCCCUCGGUGGGUCGAGUACGGCAAGAGGGCUUCUCGGUGUAUGUGUCGGCAAGACUGUGUAAAGAUCAGCAUGGACGUGUUUGUAAAGAAGUUCCAACCGGAGCGUUACGAGUUAUGGCUCGCAGGGAAGGACAUUGGGUUUCAUCCCGAGGACCCUUCGAAAGCCACUGCAGCACCUCCACCAACGCGGCUUGAAAUGACUCUUGUGCAGCACCUAAGGGACAAACCUAGAGCCUCGAAGCGCAACCCUGUCGCACAUGGCGAAUGUACAGGGGCUACCGACGAAGGCGCCAAUGAUUCGGAUGGGACAGUCAUAUAUGAUCUCGAAGAGGCAGAUGUGGAGCUUGAGAAGAAAAAGAAGAAGGUUGUGCCCAAACGAAGAGCUUCCAAAGGGGAAAAGAAGAAAACCAAGAAAAAGGCAAGCUUGGACUCAUCAGGGCUGUCUGAUGCUUCGGAUAGCUCGGCCAUGGUGGAAAAUGCUCAUGGAGAUCCUGGAUCAGACCUGGGACCACCCAUGCUCGAGCCCAUGACCGAACCGCCGCGACAGGUAUCUGUCACGGUCAGUCGCUUAGAAGAGCACCUUGCUGGGAAGUCGUUACAAUACUCGGACUCUGUUCAUUACGUGGUCACGCCGCCACCAUGUCGUGAUGCACCUUACGCUAGGCCAGCGGAACAGGAAGGACUGCCGUUGAACCUGUGUAUUGGAGGGAGCAGAGGGUAUUCAAGUUCUCAAGAAAUUUCGUGCUCAAGAAUGGCCGUCCACAAACUGGACCCCUACGAGGUGGUACACAGUUAUGGACACAAUGAUGAGCAGACAAAAAAUGUUCUGGGUGGGCAUGGUGCCAAGAGAAUCUGUAUGGGUACGGCAGUCAGACGGCAGCCCGUGAGUGGAAAACCACCUCCAGCGAUAGCACGGGUUUUGGCGCAUAGCGCUAGAGGAGGAACCGACACCAGUGACGAAGAUGUUCCCUCUGGAUCAACAUCCAGGGAUCCAGGGAUGGCAACUUGGGCAGCCCCUUAUACGGACCUGUGGAGCUUCCGUCCCAGCAACUUUUAUGCCGAGCGUCAAUUCAACAGAUACUGCUCCACCAUAGAGCCGCACUGUAGCAUCUGCACUCUGUUCAAGCCUCUCAAGUACACCUCAACAUGGUUGAAACCCGAGAGCGUUGUGAUACCAGACAACAGUGCAGUGUGGAUGCCAGCUAUCUGCUUUGUGAAUGGCGGGCUGGAUGGAAGCGCAGGACCGCACUCUGGAGCAGCCAUCGCGGACUCUGUUGUCGAACAAAGCAGCCUCCUCGUCUGUUCCAACUGCUGCGUCUGUGUUCAUGCCCAUUGUUACGGUGUUACGUCAGAGCAGACGUCUCCGUGGAAGUGUGACCGGUGUGCAGCUCAACAAGUCAGCGCGGAAUGUUGCCUGUGUUCAUUGAGGGGCGGUGCCCUGAAACCCACGACCCACGGUCGCUGGGUACACCUCCUGUGCGCGCUUCUAGUUCCAGAGGUACAUUUCGUCAACCCAACAACAAGGAGUCCCAUUGACAUCACCCUUAAUUUGCAAAGAAAAAGACUGAAAUGCUUCUACUGCCACAAGCUGCGCAGCCUCUUCAGUACGGGGACCCUCUCGGAAGGCGGAGGCUGCAUUCAGUGCACAGCAGGCAAGUGCACCACGGCAUUCCACGUGACGUGCGCUCACGCAGCGGGGGUCAUCUUCGAGACGUACGACUGGCCCGUACCCGUCUACAUUACCUGUACCAGGCACGUCGGCAACAAGGACAAGCAUGCAACGUCGCGGGAACUUCCUGAAGUGGGGGUUGGGGCAAGGGUGGUGGCAAAGCACAAAAACGGGCGCUACUACUGGGGUCGUGUUACCGACAUCCGAUCCCAAGACUUCUACUCAGUGGACUUUGAAGACAAUUCAUCCAGUGACAAUCUCUUGCCUCAGGAUAUCGAGAGCCGGGAUUGUCUGAAGCUUGGCCCUCCAAACCCGGGAGAUAUAGUCUCUGUCCGGUGGACUGACGGCAAACUGUAUCAGGCUGUCUUUAAGAGGAGCACCUCAAAUGUCCUUUACACUGUAACUUUUGAAGACCUUUCUGAGCGGACGUCGAGGAGAGCAGAGAUCUACGCAGAGUCUGAAGACCUGCCCAAAAAAGUCAAGUCUAGUCUACAGCCACCGAGAUGCAGCACACAGGCCUCUUCGAAGAGUGCCCUGUGGAGGGUCGUCGCAAGCGAAUUACCCCCGCCCGUUUUCACACCGACAACAUCAUGCUCCUCUGAAGCCCUCCCUCCCCCACGCUGUCCGCCCCUGCACCUCAAGCGGGACUUCACUCAGACCCACUAGGCCGAACCACGUCACUUUCGAUGCAGCUACAAUAUCUUCCCUCGCAAGGCUUUGCGAGCGUGAGAGAGAGUUGCUCGUGGAACUCAGUGGUGCGGUGAACAUGGGUCGAACAGUGGUGAAGCUCAACUGUGGAGUGUGUGUGUUGUUGAUUCUGAGUCCUGUCGAGUGGAAUAAACCGUUUGCAGGAACUUUUGAUCAUGGAAAUCGUGAGAGCCAAAAGCAGUGAAGUUGUUGGUAAUGUGUUGGUUUUGUGCAAAAUAUGAUUGGAGCUGAAAUUGAUAUGAGUUAAAUGAAUGGUUCUGUAAGUUAUUAAUGUCCCGCAGAUACAAUAACUGCACAAUGCUGAUCUUGUGACGAAUUAGUUUAUCAUCAGUGAUGGAGCAUAUAAGCUUGUAGAGAACUCUUAUCUAGUUUCAUUUUGGGGAAACUUGUUUUGGGAAUCAACGUCUCAUUAAAAAUGAAGUGAACUGCGAUUAUGGUGCCACAAGUGUUGCUGUUGAUUAGAAUGCACGUCUUGUGCAGCAGUCUGAAAUGAAACUUUGAAUACCGUAAUUUCACGCGUAUAAGCCGCGGUCAAUACGAUACGACUGAUUUGUGCGACAAAGGAGACCAUAGAGGAGGCCAUAAACCCUGUGGUCCAUACUCCGGGAUCGGCAUAGUGUACGACAAAGGAGGCCAGUUCUAGAGUGCUACCAAGAUCGGAUUGCGCCCUUGUUGGGUGUUUUUCGUGGACUGAUGGGUCAGUGGUCCUCCAGAAGACUUGAAUCACUGUCACCACUUUCGUUAAAGCUACUUGGGGAAUGCACCAGGAAGAUCAAGCUACUCUAAUGCGGACCCGUCCCUGUUACGCACUGUUCAUGCAUAGGCAGGGCAGUUCUGUUCCAGAGACACUGCCAGCCCUUUCGUUAAAACCGGCGUAUGGGGAAAAUACCAGGAAAAUAGUCAUCAGAUAAGUCGCAGAGCGCCCGUGAGGGGAAAAAAAAGUGCGCAUAAGCCGCGGCUAAUACGCGUGAAAUUACGGUAAAUAUGAUGUUAAACAUGAGGUUUACAUAAUAUUUUUGAUUAUUUGAAUUUUGAUAUGCUUGGUUAUGCACAGCGAAAGUAAUUAAGGGAAGCCAGGUGCUUGAAAUUUCCAGUGAAUAGCUUAACGGGGUUCAAGACAUCACUUCUUGUCGGAUUCCCAUAUACCAUGGAGUUGGUAGGAGGCCACUUCCUGUCGUGUUGUACAAAACUAGUAUGUAGUUGGUUGAGGUCCCAUUCAGCGAGGACACGGAGCUGAAGCCUGCAAGGACAAAGUCUCUCCCAUAGCUGUUCUUGCAGAUACAAUGACAUACAAUAUAAUAUUCUUCACAGCAUCAAAAUCAUUUGUACAGAUUCAUUUGCUAUGCAUAAUAAACAUUAUGAAUGUCCUCACAUAAAUUUGUAGCAACACUGCUUUAGAGAAGUGAUUUCUACUUGUGUCAUUUCAUGAAACAUGUAUACUAGAGAGAGAUGAAGUUGCAUUUUUCAAGGAGGUGUGUCACUUUCGGUUCUGGAACAUGGUUGGAAACCCCUGACACAUCGACACUUCUGUGGCUUAUGUACACCUCCCUUUAUUUAUGAACAUCUGUUAUGGACAUUUCCCAUCAAUAAAUGUGCUAAUGGUAAA